GUAAGCUCAGAUCGUUUUGCAUUUUGUUUCAGCAAUUCAAAUGGCAGCAUCCCACCUGAGGGAUUGCUAUAGAUCAGUGCCCUGACGUGGGUUCCUGAACCACAUGAAAUAGUCCCACGGUUUCCUAUCUGGGCAGAGGGCUGCUCCAUGGAUAGGCAGACAUAGAUGUUCUAUUGACCAGCCCGUCAUGUGAACUACGUCUGUGCUGUGACAUGCGACCAGUGAGCUCCUGUGGUCAUGUUUCCUCAGGUCAUUGUGCUCGGGAGGAGAACAGAAACCCCUUUUCUCCCAGCAGCUCCCAGACUGACCAGAGCGAGGGAGAGCUAGAGAGAGCCAGAGGCAUGGCCACUCAUGCGUCUCCUGGUCUGGUAGCUGUGCCCCUGUAAUUCAGGAUGAAUGGAGAGUGGGGUGCCUUGUUUCUGCCUGCUGCCUGCUUCCAUGGAUGUAGGGUUUCGUCUUACACAGUGGUAAGCAUGGCAACUGCACACACAAUAGUGAUGCUGUGGAAACUGAAGCAACACUUGUUUGAAUGGAGCUUCAUGUGUUGAGUCGUGUAUGCAAAAAUAUAGUGUCUUGUAACAUUAUGAUCAUCAUAGAGGCAAGACCAGGACACAAGAUCCAGAAUUGUAGAAUCUGCAGUAUUGCGUCCUGAGGGUGCUGAAGCUGUAUUACACCACAGACUAUGCACUGUGAAAGAGCUUGAUGUGGCCCAAAAGAACUGCUGCUGACUGCAUAAACGCAUCAGUGGAUGGGUUGGCCCACUCAUUGUGUGAGCGUAACCCUAGCAGCUCAUCUGUGAGGCUAUUGUCCUUUUCAUCCCCAUGUGCUUCUAAGUGACGGACUACAGGUAUAAAACCUUCAUAGACUCAGGACUCGCAUGAUCCACUGCAUGUUAUAUGCCUAAACCAUCUGCACCCAACAUGAAAAGGAUUUUGUUAUUUCCGCUGCCAUUUCUGCUUCUUGUGACAGUAGUCACCUCUGCAACAAUUAAAGACAGCGGUGAUGAGUUUCUUAGCUUUUUAAAUGGUGCCUUUGAUAUGAAUCAUCCUUCUGUCCACAACCCAGAGGAAUUCACAGGUCCAGAAGACCCACCUGAACCCUCAGAUGCACCUGCAGAUAUUGUCACAGAAGUGUGCACAACUCCAAGUCCAGUAGAUGACUCCAUUGAGAUGUCUAAUAUCACUCCAGAAAAGACCGUUCUGCCAGACAUUAUUGAUGCAAUGUCCAAAGACAGCAGCAACUCAGUUGAGACAACAGAUCCAAGAGAACUGGACAUAUCAGCAGAGAGCAGAGAGGACAGUAGUUUCAGGAGACCAGGGAGAAGGAGCAGACCAAAAGAUCCGCCAUCACGCCAGGACAACAACUCAGCUGACAGUGCCGAUAACAGUGCUGAUGUGACUGAUGUGCCAGAGAAGAAGGAAGUGGCUGAAGACAGGCGUCCUGCUACAAGGCCAGCUCCAGUGAUUGAUCAAGAUGUAAGUAGCCAGGAGCUGGACGUGCCAGUGGACAAGAAGGGAAUGAGCAUGGUGCCCAGAGACAGCGGCAGAGACAAGAAGCCAACAGACCACGCCGGACCUCAGAGACCAAACCCAAGAGUAGCCGUAUUGCCACUCACCGGGCCCUGGGCCUCAGAGGUCGUAGACCUGGACAGUCCUGAGACUGUGGACGCUCCUGACCGCCCAGACCUGUACGCAGACAGUGAGGAAGUCACCAUGUCUCAGCGAAGACAGGCAGGGAGAGCCAGCAUGCGCUCCAGCAGCCGCAGGGAGGCAGCAGGGGACCGAGACAGCCCCAAGGCUGUGGGUCACCCAGACAGACUGGACCCAGCCACUAGGGAUGAGGAGCACCCAGGCACUCAGACAAGGAGAGCAGUGCACAUGGACUUACCUGCGAGCAGGACGGUGGUGAUGGACAGCGCCGAAACCAGAGAGCUCCUGGACCCGCAGGCCCUGGACACAGGGAGCAGGGAGGUCAGCGUGGCUCAGGUCAGGAGUGAGAGAGUGAGAAGUCACCGGCUCUCGGCCACCACCAGCACUGCCAAGAGUGAGAAUCAGGAGCGGACGAGUCCAUGUGGACUGUGCAGGACAGGAGUGGUGACCAGAGGCGUCCCUGAUGCAGGCGAGAGCACCACCACAGUCCGUCAUCUGGACACUGAGGCUGAGAGUACAGAGGAGACCCCAGGACCCCAGCAUCAGAGGAGUCCGGCUGGCCCAGUCAUAAGCAGGACUACUGCAGGCACAACUGCAGAUAAACUGGACAGUGUGGACAGCCUGAGGGCCAGCAGCAGUGAGAGAUUUGAGCGCUAUGGUCAUACUUUCGGAAAUACCUUGUAGGUUUGUCCAGCAUUCACUGAUUCCAAUGUAUUCCUUGUAUUUCUGAAUCAUGGUAAUAAUUCUGAAUUUGUGUUGUUUUUAGUGACAUCAAAUAAAUCUUCCUUUAUGUCCACA